AUGGACCUGCCAACCCCAACUGGGCAGGAGCAGCAGUUGCACGAUGAAGGAUGUUUCCCUUCCCAACCUUGUUUCCACAGCGGUGGUCUUCUCGGUGGUAAUCGGGCCAGUAACGUGAGAGCCCAGCCUUUUUCCCUCGCAGGUCUUGUCACCUUGCAGCAGGACACACAAUCUUGGUUCGACCAGUGUCAGACCCAAACCAAAUGCGGAUUUGAAGCGAAGAAACCAUCCACAAUCUGGAUCUGGUUAUCUAGUCCAAUGAUCCUGUGGGAUCACCCGAGCUCCCCCUUACGCUCUGGCACCAUCAACAAAUGCAGUGCGAGUGUGCCGGCCAAUGUGGUCAGCUUCGCAGGGUUUGUCUUGUGGGCGGAGCUCCGUCGUCCCCCAGGCAGACAGGGAUUCUUGGCUGUCGUGUCAAAACGUACGAUAUCGGAGAGUUUAUGUCCAAAGAAUAGCCGAGUUGACAUGUCUCUUGACCCUUGA